UAUGCGAGAUCCGUGGACCCGACUCAACUGCGCGGUCACAUUCCGCCCCGACUUCCCCUCUGCCAGCGGCCUGGUGGUUUGAGAUGAGUAGAAGAUGUCGGUGUCGGGGCUGAAGGCCGAAUUGAAGUUUUUGGAGUCAAUUUUUGACCCAAACCACGAACGAUUCAGAAUAAUAGACUGGAAACCCGAUGAACUCAGUUGCCAAUUCAACGUAACAGGAGAGAAGCUGCUGAUCAUUCACUGCAACAUCACGGAAUCCUAUCCCUCAACACCCCCAAUAUGGUUUGUUGACUCUGAUGAUCCGAGUCUGGCUGAAGUGUUGGAGCGCUUGGAGGAUGUGAGAAAAGGCAGCACAUUGCUCCUUCAGCAGUUGAAACGCCUCAUUUGUGAUCUCUGUCGGCUUUACAACCUGCCACAGCAUCCCGAUGUAGAAAUGCUGGACCAGCCCCUACCAGCUGGCCCGAUUACCCAAGAACGAAAGAAUGGGCCAUCAGAUGAGGUGACAUCUGAAGAGGAAGAGGAGGAAGAAAUGGGAGAGCAGGACAUUGAUCUGGACCAAGACCUGGACCAUUACGACAUGAAAGAAGAGGAGCCAGUUGAUGGAAAAAAGUCAGAAGAUGAUGGAAUAGAAAAAGAAAAUCUGGCCAUCUUGGAGAAGAUUCGUAAGAACCAGAGACAGGAUCACUUGAAUGGCGCAGUGUCUGGCUCCGUGCAAGCCUCAGACCGCCUAAUGAAGGAACUCAGGGAGAUCUACAGAUCACAGAGUUACAAGACAGGUAUUUAUUCAUGUGAACUAGUCAGUGACAGCCUUUAUGAAUGGCACGUCAAGUUAAGGAUGGUAGACCCAGAUAGUCCGUUACAUAGCGACUUGCAGGUCUUAAAAGAAAAGGAAGGAGUGGACUACAUUCUGCUCAAUUUCUCUUAUAAAGAUAAUUUUCCUUUUGACCCACCUUUUGUACGGGUUGUCUCACCUGUACUUUCAGGAGGUUAUGUUCUAGGAGGAGGGGCGUUGUGCAUGGAGCUUCUCACAAAACAGGGCUGGAGCAGUGCCUAUUCCAUAGAAUCUGUUAUUAUGCAGAUAAAUGCAACUCUGGUUAAAGGAAAAGCCAGGGUGCAGUUUGGAGCCAAUAAGAACCAGUACAAUCUUGCCAGAGCACAACAGUCGUACAAAUCCCUUGUGCAGAUUCAUGAAAAGAAUGGCUGGUACACACCACCUAAAGAGGAUGGAUAAGGAGCUACUACCACUAUGCACUGGGAACAUGUCUUUGGGUCAAAGUAUCUUGUUUUCUUUGGAAUAUUUUCCCCCCUCUGACUUAACUGGGGAUAUAUCAUCUUUCUCGCGGAAACCAUCUCGUUGGCUCAUCUGACAAGUAUUCCUUUUGCCCCGCUCCGGGAAAGACUUUAUUCUGGUAUGACUUUGCUUCUCCCCUCAGUGUUUUAGUGAGGAGGAUGAUGUGAGGGGUAUCACUAGUCCUGUUUUCUAAAUAUGCUCAUUUGUCUUUAAAAAAAAAACGAAAAAAAAACCUUUUCUCCCUUGAAAUGUGGGGAAAUGCUUUUUCUUUAGCUGCUUCGACAAAGUGGGCUUCAUAAACAGUCAGUUACCCCUCUUUAAAUGGGAAUUUUAACACAAGAUUGAUACUGAAGCUCUUGAUGUGGCACCUCACAGCACCUGUUUUUAUUGGCCGCAUUUUUUCCCCCAUCUCAUCUCAAUAAAUUUAGAUGACCUUCAAACUUGGUAUCCUUUAGCUCUUACUUUUUAAAAUGUGUGGAGAAUAUCGGGCCAAGCAGAAUCGAAAUGCUGCAGUGUUGAACUAAGAUUAACUGUUGUUCGUGAACAAAUCCACCAGUGGUUGAUAAUAAAAACAGGGCCAAUGGAGACAAAAUAACUCAGAAUCUGCAUGUUGCAUAUCUUGGGAAGAUAUAUUUUCAUUAGAGAAUGAAAUGACUGUUGCAGCAUCAUUUUUUGGAAGUUUUAACAGAGCUAAUGUUGAAGAGCUCAUUUUGCCUCGUUUCUUUAAACACAGCGGCCCUGCAAGCCAUCAGUUUGGCGGCUGUUCUUUCUGUUGACCGUAGCUGUAGAGGUUGAUGGCUAGUUUAACGCUGAAAAUGAAGCCCUGUGUGUGUGCAAAGAUAGCGACAUAACGCACAGGAGCCUCGUCUCAACCGCUGUUACGAACAGGGUUCCCACUGCCAUGAAAUUCUUGGAAAAGUUAUGAAACUGUUUUCAAGACCUUGAAAUGGUUUUGAAUCAACAGAAUGUUUGGGAAAAGUUUUGAAAAUACAUCGUAUCAGUUAUAGUUUAAAAUGUGCUCAUAAAAAUCCCCAAUCAGUCUUACCUUACACGAAAUAUGUCCCUUGUAUUAAUAAUUUAAAAUCUAAUGCUGUCCUGAAAGAUCACUAGUAUCCUGUGAUACAUGUCGACCAAACCGACAUUACCAACACCAUGUCCUCUUUAAGACGAAAUAAACGCGCUGUCACUUAAGAAUAGAAACAGGAAAAUGCUGCAAAGCAGUAGCUAGCUGGUUAAUCAAGGCUUUCACACAUGAUAUUUUGGAAUCCUAAGAUACUAAAUAUUUACAGUCAGAGUGAUAAAUCGCUAAAUGAUGCUGGUAACCGUUACUAUCAAUGGACAGCUUACGUUAGCAUGAGUUGGAGGCUGCUGCAGUAAUGUUACAGUAAUACAGAAUAGCUGAAUCACUAAAUCUCAGUUUAUAGAACAAACUAUUAACAGAUCAUUAUUUACAGACAACACUAACGAUACCUGGUGAUUCAAUCAAAUAUACAUGUUUGAUUCAUUCACUGCGUGACGUGAUCCGGACAUCUAUACAUGUAUAGAUGUUCGGAUAUGAAAAAUCCGCCCUCAGUGUUAGAUCUUAAAUUCAUAUGGACGAGGAAAACCCGACAGCAAUCUACCCUACAUUAUUAAGCAAUCGUUAACGCUCCGGUUCAGGCAGGUUCCAAAAACAAUGUUAGAGAAUGACUUUAAAGCAUACAUUUGUUUAACAAGAAAAAUAUACAUGCAAACAUGUCAAAAUUAAAAACCAAUCACAUCAAAUUGCAUUUUAAUUAUAUCUAAAUGAUCUUUGGUUUUCAAUUCCCCAAAAGUACUGUUACAUGGCGGUCUGGUCUAUGCAUCUUGUUGGUGGUGGGAAUUGGCGAGUAAAGAUGGCGAGCCCUAGCAGUUUGCUUAUCCGCAAACUCCUGGGGAGUGUGUGUUUAAUAAUUUAGGGUUGUAUCACUAUAUAGGUCUACCAAUAUUUAACCGAGGUCAAAUAAAGUCAUGGAAGUGGGGUAAAUCAUUAUGGGAAACUUUUGAAAAUGAGUUGUUAAAAAUGCGUGGGAACCCUGUAUAAAAGAUAGUUGGAUUUGAUUUCAGUCAGUGUUAAGCACUGGCUUUACAGAGCGAAUAAAUGAAGGGUGGUUGGAUGUGUUGUUUUCAGAAUUUUGCCCGGUUUAGCAGCAAAGUUGUAUGUCACAUCUUUCUGGCAUACAUCGAUUGCAGUGGGUUGCCCCUUCUGUGUUUAGAGUUGAACUUCUUCCUUGUUAAAUGACAUCGUCACACAUGCAGCCGGAUUUGUCUCCAGUUUUUUUUUUCCUCAGUCAGCAGCUAAACAUCCACCUUUUGCAGGGCUUCCUUUGCCACAACAAUGUACCACGAAUACAUUUCUGUGCCAUUUUUGGUGCAAAAAAAAAGACGCAUCUGUCAGAGCUGACCUGAUACUCUGUAUGACGCUGUAACGUUGACCAUGCAAUAUACGUCACUACUGCUGUUCCCCGUUCUGCAGGGACACACGCUGUGUCCACAGUCUGUUGGCUCUUUUGCAGUUUAUUUGUUAACACUGACUGCAAAAGUAUGUUUGAAUGGCAACUCAGGUAACAAACAACACUUAGGAAGGGGAUCUGUACGUGUUGAGUUUGGGGUUAUUUUCUUGGAUUAAUUAACGCUCUGCACCGCUGACAUUUAGGUUUACUCACCCGCUGAUCUGAUGUCAGAAAAACGUAAUGAGCUUUACAAUAAUAAGGGCCACGUUUCUUUUAAUUUGAGAUGCCAUUUUAACAGUAUUGCAGGAGCAUGAUGAUCACCCCAUUAACGGCUCAUCAAUACCUACUGUUGUAUUUUAAUUUUUUUCUCUUCCCAAAUACUGAAGUAGAUUUGAUUUCAGUGCGUGAUCUCUGAAGUAUUCCGAAUAAAAUCUGUAUCUAUAUAUUUGCACAAAUGGCAAAAAUGUGCCUGGAGAGGUCAAUUAUAACAACAAACAAAUUCUGAGCAAAAUAUUUUAAAAUAAUUUUUUUUUUUUUCUUAACACACAUCCUGUUGUUACAUGAGGGGGAGGAAUCAUCAGGUCUCAUGUCCUCACCUGAAGGGCCCGUGCAGUCAGAGGGGAUUUUCACAGAGCGUGCCUCUCUGACUGGACUGUGUGUUGAAAAGAUUCAUUUAUCUCGACUCUCGAUUCAUCUUCUGGCACCGACAAAACAUGAUCAAGUCUGGCACCGGUGGCUCGCUUCGUGUUUUCUUUUCUUUUUCAUUUUCCAUUUGAAGAAAUUUUGACCAUGUACAGUAAUUUGUAAACUUGCAUCAAGUUUAUGAAUAAAGAAUUUUAAGAUUA